CAUAUCCAGCUGACAGACCGAAUUUGGAAGUGACCACUAGCAGACUUGCACGGUGGGCGGGCGCUGCGGUGCAGCAGGGUUGUGUGUGUCGCUCACAAUAGCGAGCAACAGCCAAGUUGGAGGUAAAUGAGAGAGGGGAGCGAGUCGGUGUGUUAAUGCGUAAAUGAGAAAGGGACGAUCCUUCGGCAAAAUUUCCUUCGCUUCAUUCUUAGAGGUGAGUGACACGAUUGUUCCCUAACCUGGCCAUCAGGAGGGCACCCUUCUCAGAGGUGAAGACAGGUCCGCAGAGAGGCAGCCACACGCCGCGCCCGACCAUGUCCGACAACGGGGAAGUGGAGGACAAGCCCCCAGCGCCGCCCAUGCGGAACACCAGCACCAUGAUGGGGUCCUGCGGCAAGGAGGCGGGGCCCCUCAACCACGGCUCCAAGCCGCUGCCGCCCAACCCGGAGGACAAGAAACGCAAAGACCGCUCCAUCCGCUCCAUCCUCACCGGCGGCAGCGACAAGACCAACAAGAAGAAGGAGCGUCCCGAGAUCUCUCUGCCCUCGGACUUUGAGCACACCAUCCAUGUGGGCUUCGACGCCGUCACCGGCGAGUUCACCGGCAUGCCAGAACAGUGGGCUCGUUUACUACAGACCUCCAACAUCACUAAGCUGGAGCAGAAGAAGAACCCUCAGGCUGUGCUGGACGUUCUGAAGUUCUAUGAUUCCAAGGAGACUUCCAACAGCCAGAAAUACAUGAGUUUUACAGAUAAAGGUUCGGACAGCUUCAGCUCUGCAAAUGUUGUGAACUCCAAGGCUGUGUCGGAGACGCCCGCUGUAGCGACCGUAUCUGAGGACGAGGACGAGGAUGAGGCCACGCCCCCACCGGUGAUUGCCCCCCGACCCGAACACACCAAAUCGAUAUACACGCGCUCUGUGAUUGAGCCCCUCCCGCCCACCAGCACCAAAGAUGCCGCCACCUCACCUGUCUCCGGCCCGUCCACCGAGGGCGGCGGUCCCGCUCCUGCACCCACCGCUGCCACCCCACGCCCCGCCGACAAGACCCGCAAGAAGAAGAUGACCGACGAAGAGAUACUUGAGAAACUAAGGAGUAUAGUUAGUGUGGGAGAUCCCAAGAAGAAGUACACCCGCUUUGAAAAGAUCGGCCAGGGGGCUUCGGGAACGGUGUACACAGCAAUAGACAUCGCGACAGGACAGGAGGUGGCCAUCAAGCAGAUGAACCUGCAGCAGCAGCCCAAGAAGGAGCUGAUCAUCAACGAGAUCCUGGUCAUGAGGGAAAACAAGAACCCAAACAUCGUUAACUACCUGGACAGCUACUUGGUGGGGGACGAGCUGUGGGUCGUGAUGGAGUAUCUGGCCGGCGGCUCUCUGACUGAUGUGGUCACCGAGACGUGUAUGGAUGAGGCCCAGAUCGCUGCUGUGUGUCGGGAGUGUCUGCAGGCGCUGGAGUUCCUGCACUCCAACCAGGUGAUCCACCGAGACAUCAAGAGUGACAACAUCCUACUGGGCAUGGACGGCUCGGUCAAGCUCACUGAUUUUGGCUUCUGCGCCCAGAUCACCCCUGAGCAGAGCAAGCGGAGCACCAUGGUGGGGACACCCUACUGGAUGGCCCCAGAGGUGGUGACCCGCAAGGCCUAUGGGCCCAAAGUGGACAUCUGGUCCCUGGGUAUCAUGGCGAUAGAGAUGAUUGAGGGAGAGCCUCCAUAUCUCAACGAGAACCCUCUGAGGGCCCUGUAUCUCAUUGCCACUAAUGGCACUCCAGAACUACAAAACCCAGAGAAGCUGUCCUCCGUGUUCCGAGACUUCCUCAACCGCUGUCUGGAGAUGGACGUGGAGAAAAGAGGCUCUGCCAAAGAGCUCCUACAGCACCAGUUCCUGAAGGUGGCCAAGCCACUCUCCAGCCUCACGCCGCUGAUCCUGGCGGCCAAGGAAGCGGCCAAGAGCAACCGCUAGUUGGCGCCGAGGAGUCCGCGUCCAUCCCUGCUCUGCCCCAAACCUCGGAGCGCCCCCUCACCCCUUUUUCUCUCGCCCCGUUGUUGGGGGGAACUUAAGUGAGCAGGGGGUCUUCGACGAGCCCCCGCGCACGUGCGGACACACACGCCCAUGGGCGCACACACAACCCCAUACACGUGAGCGUGCACACACUCACAUACACAAACACACACUUCUGCUUCUUCUGAUAGGGUCUCGGGGGGGGGGCGGGAGAUGUCCGAGGCCCGCUCAAAGAGCUCUCGCAGACCCUGCGAACGAUAGUAUCGCUGCAUGUGAAGAUCUCCGCUGACGACUGCAGUGGAACACUCUGUAUAUUUUGCUCACAAGAGACAGAUCAGCCCGACUGUCUCACUGACUCGUCUGUUGUUUUGGAUUUGUUUUUAUGUUUCCCCUUGUGACCUUAUUCUUGUUUGCGUCUUUGUUCUUUGGCCUGUCUGUCUGUCUGUGAGUUGCUUGUUCAGGUACUUAGUGGAGGAGGAGACUUUUGGUAUUUCUUUUUUAAUUUCACUGUGUUUUUUUAAAAAACCAUUUUGUACAACUGUGGCUGUGUGAAAGAAGGUGUUUAUGCGGGGGUUGGUGGGGAGGGUUGGGGCG